GAAAAACUCCGCCCCCCCGCGAUUCUUCCCGCCCCUCGGCGUCCAGACAGACAGACAGACGGCCUGCCCCGCCCCCUGCUCUACCGACGGACUCAUCGACCUCGGGAUUCUCAGGUCCCUGGGUCCUCGCUCGUGACGCGGACAUCCGCCGCCCACCCGCACCUCUCCCCCGCGCCCCCGCCCAUCUCAUUCUGUCCCCACCCUGGGCCCCAGGGCAGGUCGACCGGCUGGGUCACUUCUCCGACCGCUUUCCCAGGCGGGGAGAUCAACUCCCAGCGCAGUGUUUCCCUGUAACCCUGCAGCCGCUCUGUAGACCUGCCAUUCUUCCCUGCAUCAUCAGGCGUCUGAGAGGCACCCUAAGGUGACUUCUCUCAGAGCCUGUUAGUAGGUGGUCAUCACAGAGACAAAGCCAUGAAAGUGAAUGGGUCAGGAGUGACCAGGUCUUUCUCCUCACCCUUUCCCAGACACGCCCCUUGCCGCAGAUCUCAGAUCAAGUCUCACUCCCUUCUUGGGAGAAAAUAGCUCCCCAGGCCUAGGGUGGGACGUUGGCUCCGCGAAGGAAGAGGGACACACUGGUCGCCUUUGAAGGCCUGUAGGUAGAGAGAGGGAGGGUGCUUGCCCUGAGUAGGGCUCUGUGCCAGGUCCUCUGGGUGGCUGUGAGGUGGUGAGAGAAGGGGUGGGAACGCUGGACUUCUGGACUUUGGGCAGGGCAGAUCCUUGUGAGUCCCUGGCUACUGAAAGAGUUUCUUCCGGGCUCUGGCCUGAGCGCCACAGCCGAGGGCUCUGCUCUGUGUACCUACCGCCCAGGCAAGGUCCCCGUGGCCAAGAUGUCAGGCCUGGUGUUGGGGCAGCGGGAUGAGCCUGCAGGGCACAGGCUCAGCCAGGAGGAGAUCCUGGGAAGUACCCGGCUGGUGAGCCAAGGGCUGGAGGCCCUACACAGUGAACAUCAGGCUGUCCUGCAAAGUCUGUCCCAUACCAUCGAGUGUCUGCAGCAAGGAGGCCAUGAAGAAGGGCUGGUGCAUGAGAAGGCUCGGCAGCUGCGACGUUCCAUGGAGAACAUCGAGCUGGGGCUGAGUGAGGCCCAGGUGAUGCUGGCUUUGGCCAGCCACCUGAGCACAGUGGAGUCGGAGAAACAGAAACUGCGGGCUCAGGUACGGCGGCUGUGUCAGGAGAACCAGUGGCUCCGGGACGAGCUGGCGGGCACCCAGCAGCGGCUGCAGCGUAGCGAACAGGCUGUGGCUCAGCUGGAGGAGGAAAAGAAGCACCUGGAGUUCCUGGGGCAGCUGCGACAGUAUGACGAGGACGGGCACACCGCGGAAGAGAAGGAGGGUGAUGCCACCAAGGAUUCCCUGGAUGAUCUCUUCCCCAACGAGGAGGAAGAAGACCCCAGCAAUGGCUUGUCCCGUGGCCAGGGUGCCCAGCACAGCGGAUAUGAGAUCCCGGCGAGGUUACGGACACUGCACAACUUGGUGAUCCAGUAUGCUGCCCAGGGACGCUAUGAGGUGGCUGUGCCUCUCUGCAAGCAGGCACUGGAGGACUUGGAGCGCACAUCUGGCCGCGGCCACCCUGAUGUCGCGACCAUGCUCAACAUCCUUGCUUUGGUGUAUCGGGACCAGAAUAAGUAUAAGGAAGCUGCCCACCUGCUGAAUGAUGCCCUCAGCAUCCGGGAGAGCACCCUGGGCCGGGACCACCCUGCAGUGGCUGCCACACUCAACAAUCUGGCUGUGCUCUAUGGCAAGAGGGGCAAAUACAAGGAGGCGGAGCCACUGUGCCAACGUGCACUGGAGAUUCGAGAAAAGGUCCUAGGCACUGACCACCCAGAUGUGGCAAAGCAGCUGAACAACCUGGCCCUGUUGUGCCAAAACCAGGGCAAGUACGAGGCCGUGGAGCGCUAUUACCGGCGGGCACUGGCCAUCUAUGAGGGGCAGCUGGGGCCGGACAACCCUAACGUAGCCCGGACCAAGAACAACCUGGCUUCCUGUUACUUGAAACAGGGCAAAUAUGCUGAGGCUGAGACGCUCUACAAAGAGAUCCUGACCCGGGCCCACCUGCAGGAGUUUGGGUCUGUGGACGAUGACCACAAGCCCAUCUGGAUGCAUGCAGAGGAGCGGGAGGAAAUGAGCAAAAGCCGGCACCGAGAGGGCGGCACACCCUAUACUGAGUACGGAGGCUGGUACAAGGCCUGCAAAGUGAGCAGCCCCACAGUAAACACCACUCUGAGAAACCUAGGAGCUCUGUACAGGCGCCAGGGAAAGCUGGAGGCAGCCGAGACCCUAGAAGAAUGUGCCCUGCGCUCCCAGAAACAGGGUACUGACCCUAUCAGUCAGACCAAGGUGGCUGAGCUACUUGGGGAAGGUGACAGUGGAAGGACCUCCCAGGAGGGCUCUGGGGGCAGCGUGAAAUAUGAAGGAGGUGAAGAUGCUUCUGUGGCUGUGGAGUGGUCAGGGGAUGGCAGUGGGACCCUGCAGAGGAGUGGUUCUCUGGGCAAGAUCCGGGAUGUGCUUCGUAGAAGCAGUGAACUCCUGGUGAGGAAGCUCCAGGGGACUGAGCCUCGGCCCUCCAGCAGCAACAUGAAGCGGGCAGCCUCCUUAAAUUAUCUGAAUCAACCCAGUGCAGCACCCCUCCAGGUCUCCCGGGGCCUCAGUGCCAGCACCACCAACCUCUCUUCAAGCAGCUGACAUUCAACCCACCCACCAAGUCUGCUGGGUCUCCCCCCAGACAGCCCUCUCAGCAUUCCCUAUUGCUCCUGGCUCUUCCAGCCCCAAGGUGGGACAGUGAAGGGAGAGCAGUUAACCAGAAGAUUGCUGCUGCCCUAGGGUCUUGGCUCCCUCCUCAGGAAUCUGCCUCAGGAAGGACCCUCAGGACAUCCUCUCCCCGUAGUCCUCUAGAGUAGCUAGCUCUGAGGCCCCCAAGAUGCAUAAGGAGCAGGUAUGCAUCUCAGAGAUGGAGCCUGCUGCUGGCUUUUCUGUCAGAGGGAUGGGGCUGGCCAGCCAGGCUGCCUUGAUCUGGCCUCUCUUGUUCCCUCUGCUGCCUCACUUCAGGUCCGUGUAUUUCACUUUUCUUAAAUAAAAGAAUCAGGUAACCA